AUGUUGACCAGACUCUCCGAAACACCUGACAAUGGUGACGGCCAUGGGGUUGAAAAUAUUGAGGAAAUCUCGAACGUAAUCGAUUCAUAUUCUUCACAACUAUGGGACAUCAACCAAAAGAUUCAUCAAAACCCAGAACUUGGGUAUCAGGAGAAGUUAGCCCACGACAACAUCACUUCGAUGCUGGAAGACUUGGGUUUCAAAGUCACCAAGCACGCGUACGGCCUUGACACAUCAUUCGUUGCAGAGUCUGGUGAGGGGGGCCGGGUGGUGGCUUUCAACGCAGAGUAUGAUGCUCUGCCGGGAAUUGGUCAUGCCUGCGGGCACAAUCUAAUUGCAAUGAUGUCCAUCGGGGCCUUCAUUGGAGUUGCCAAAGCUCUUGAGCAGCAAAAGAUUCCAGGGCGCGUGCGACUGAUUGGAACUCCUGCCGAAGAGGGCUUUGGAGGCAAAAUUCCAAUUAUCGAAGCCGGCGCUUAUACUGAUGUUGACGCUUGUAUGAUGGUGCAUCCUGGUCCUUUCACUGAAUGCCCAGGCUUCACAGGAGAUGCAUAUAUGCCUACCCUUGCAAGUCUGAAGUUCAGCGUUCGCUUCACUGGAAAGACCGCCCAUGCCGCCAUGGCGCCCUGGGAAGGAGUAAAUGCCCUCGACGCCGCUGUGCUAUCCUAUAACAGCAUAGGGGUUUUGCGUCAGCAGAUUCAUCCUUGCAAUCGCGUGCACUGUGUCAUCUCCGACGGUGGGCUACGGCCUAAUAUUAUUCCUGGCUCGUCAGCGUUGGAUUGCUACGUACGGUCCCCUACACUGGCAAUGGCGGAGGAGCUCUUUGUGAGAGUGAAGAAUUGCUUUGAAGGGGCAGCUUUGCAAGCUGGUUGCACCUUGGAAAUUCAGAGACACAAUUCAUACGCUGAUUUGCGACCCAACAAGGCCCUGGCGACAGCAUAUGCAGAAGCGAUGUCCCAUAUGGGAAUCGAGGUGCGGUGCGAUCUCAACUCAUCUGGAGUCCCGGGGUCAACGGACCAAGGAAAUGUAACUUACGAGUGCCCGGGCAUUCAGGCCUACGUUGGGGUUCAUGCCGCGCCCGGGGCGAAUAACCACACUCCUGGCUUUACUGCAGUAGCAGGAACCAAGGAGUCUCAUGAUCUCUGUAUUCAUGCAGCAAAGGGAAUGGCCAUCGCGGGAAUGAGUGUCCUGCAGCAAGCUGAUCUUGCUGAACAGGUGAGACUGGAAUUUGAGGACGACAAGAACCAACGCUCUUUGCCCUCGACAACUAAGAUGUUUGAUCGAAAUGCGGGCUUUUGCUAG